AUGGCCUUCAACUCGAACGGCAACGAGGCGGGAGGCAGCGGCGCAGGAGCCGCCGCGGGUGGCUUCUCGUUCACGAGCUAUUUCCAAGAGAGUGAACGCGAGUUGCCCUUCAACCAGCGUCCGUUGAGGGAGGUCAAUGCCCUCAAGUUCGAUCGCAAGAGGGUCGACGAGGAGCCCAACAACCCGCAGCUGCAGCAGCAGCAACAGCUCGAUCGACCGCUCUGGCAGAGGCUCCCGGCUUGGGUACCGUAAAUUCUUCCCCGAGAUCGACUCACACUUGGCUUAGGUCUGACUACCAAGUCAUGUCGCCGCACAGAAUCGUCUGCUGGAUCGGUACAUCCUCCUUCAUCAUCCUCCAAAACAAGUACAUCCUCUACGACCUCAAGUUCAACCACCCUGUCGUAAGUCGGCAAGACUUUCACGACCGAGCCGCGAAUUUGUUGGCUGAGGCUCUUGAUAUGUCUUACAGGCUUUGACAACAGUUCACUUGACUGUACGUCAUCGAUGCAUCUCGUCGGCAUUCUUCUUGAUGUGGAUGAGGGCCGUCUGACUCGCAUUGUUCGUCCUCGGCCGCCAAACCACAGUUCCAAACACUUGCGACUCGUGCUCUACGCAGAUAUACGCCUCUCGUCGACAAGGCCAAGGAACUCGAAGCGACAGGAAAGAUGAACCGCGACGUCUUCAUUCGCAAAAUCGUCCCCGUCGGCGCGCUCUUUUCCGCCUCGCUCGUGCUCUCGAACUGGGUCUACCUGCGAUUGACCGUUAGCUUCAUUCAAAUGUAUGCAGGGGGCUUCUCGCUACUGCUGGGCAUUUACCUACUACUUACGCUCUGUCACACCUUUUUAUUACAGGAUCAAGGCCUUCACCCCAGUAUCCGUCUUGCUUGUCUCGGCGGCUUUCGGUCUGAAAGAACUCAACAGGAAGAUCAUGGGGAUCGUCGGGGCCAUCUCAUUGGGCGUGGCAAUCGCUUCGUUCGCCGAGAUUGAAUUCGAGAUGAUUGGGUUCCUCGUACAGGUGAGCUUUUGUAUCAUCUUGGGAGGAUGGGACGCUCCGAACUGACGCAGACUUGUGUUCCGGUAGGCUCUAGCUAUCGCGAUCGAGUCGUGCCGACUUGUGCUCGUCCAAAUCUUGCUCCAAGGUACAAGCUAUGGCUCCGCCUUGAUACUCCGUAAUUCGUGCUGACCUCGGAUAAUGUGCUUCUUCAAUUCAAAUAGGCAUGGGUCUUGACCCUCUGACCUCGUUGUACUACUUCGCCCCCGUCUGCCUCGUCAUCAACUCGAUCAUCCUCUUGCCUGUUGAAGGGUUCUCCGUCUUCUCUGAUGCGAUCGAGAAAGUUGGCAUUCCUAUGCUGUUGGGAAAGUGAGUCCCCGAACAUCAUUCGAGCCAGUGCCCUUCACUUGUGAGCGUCGGUUGAGCUGAUCCCCCUUUGCUCCCCGCAGUGCUUGCAUGACCUUCGCUCUCAACUUGACAUCCGUGUGGUUGAUCGGGAAAGCAAGUGGUUUGGUAUUGACGCUCUCUGGCGUACUUAAAGAUGUAAGACUCUAUGGCAGCUCUCCUCGUUCCAAGGAACGCGUGAUGCUGAUCAGAUUUUUUCCCCCUUCCUUCAGAUCCUGCUCAUCGCUGGAAGUUACUUCAUCCUCGGUUCAUCCAUCACCGGGACUCAAAUAUUUGGCUAUAUUAUUGCUCUUACCGGUUUGGUCAUGUUCAAAAUGCAAGGGUGA